CAAGAAGUCUGGUUCUGCUCGUGUCUGACCGGAGCCUCACACACCCUCAGGAAAUUAUUAAAUCAACAAAUACUUAGCUUUCAUCAUGUUUAUGUUUCAAGUCUUCACAAAAGCGUACAGAGGGUCGUGUGUGAAUCUGUUUUCGCUGAUUGGCUCGUGAAAAGAUCCCAGUGUUUUCAGCUUUAUUUGCCUUUACCAUGGCGACCGUGGUGAUGGAGCAGAUUGGCCGUUUGUUUAUAAACGUGCAGCAACUGCGUCAGAUCCCUCAGCUGCUUGAAUCUGCCUUUCCCACGUUGCCAUGCACUGUGAGCAUCAGCGAUGUGCCCCGCGUCUUCAGGGAGACACACGUCCUCACAGGCUACCGGCCAGUUGACCACAGCUGGCGCUAUUACUUCCUCUCGCUCUUCCAGCGGCAUAACGAGACGGUAAAUGUGUGGACACACUUAAUAGCCUCGCUUGUCAUACUCGUCAAGAUCAGGGAAGUGUCAGAGACUGUGGACUUCCUGCGUGACCCACAUGCGCAGCCACUCUUCAUCGGUCUCCUCACUGCGUUCACUUACCUGGCCUGCAGCACUCUCGCCCACCUGCUCUCUGCCAAGUCUGAGCUCUCCAAUUACACUUUCUACUUCCUGGACUAUGUGGGCGUAGCUGUGUACCAGUACGGAAGUGCCCUGGUGCAUUUCUAUUACGCAGUGGAAGAAACAUGGCAUGCUUACAUUCGAGGCUUCUUCUUACCUACUGCUGCUUUUAUGGCAUGGCUCUCGUGUGCCGGUUGCUGCUAUGGCAAGUAUGCCAGUCGGCGCUUGCGCAGGUUCGGCCACAAGUUCUGUCAGAUGAUGCCCUCAGCACUGGCCUACUGCUUCGAUAUCAGCCCGGUGGUGCAUCGCAUUUACACGUGCUACAGUUCACAGCAGGUUUGCUCCGACCCAGCUGUAACUUUCCACUUUUAUCAGAUCCUCUUCUUUCUGGUCAGUGCCUUCUUCUUCUCUUACCCUCAUCCAGAGUGCUGGUUCCCUGGGCACUGCGACUUUAUUGGCCAGGGCCACCAGAUCUUUCACGUGUUUCUCGUAUUGUGCACGCUGAUGCAGAUUGAGGCCGUGCGCUUGGACUACACUGAGCGAAGGCCCUUGUAUGAGCGCCUGCACGGUGACUUGGCUCAUGAUGCUGCAGCUCUCUUCGUCUUCACAACAUGCUGCAGCGCCCUCACCGCUUUCUACGUGCGGAAGCGAGUGAAAGCCUAUCUUGAGGAAAAAGAAGAAUAACCUGUCACCAUUAAAAAGCAGGAGUGAGGAGACUUGGGAAGGCAAGAAUUGAGUGGGAGAAUUUGCGCAAAUGAUUGCACUGGUAUACUAAGUACAUUGAAAGUAAUGGACCUGCUGUCAUUUCUUCACAUUUUUGGGGGUGGGGAAGGGAAUUAGAGUGUGAACCUUGUAUUUGUUGGAUGGACUAACAAGAUGUAUUUUUAAUCAGUGAUGUACUGUUCAUAACAUUUGCAGUUUCAAACACAGAGGAAGACAGGAAACGAAAUGAGUAGAGAGAUUUUAGUCUGAUAAAAUCGACCGUGACAGCUUCUGAAAGUUCCGUUGCAUGAAUAUGUGAUCUUCUUUUGUGGGUGCAGAGGUACUGUGGACUGAAUUGUAAAAAUGUUGAUGGACUAAAAUUCUGACUUCAGCUCAGAUGGCGUACUAUGCAUAUUGUGUUGUGAGCAACGUAUUCACAUUCUGAAACCUGAAAUAUAGUGAACUAUUAAUACCUUGAUAGACUAAAAUCUCUGAAAAAGGUGUGGACACUUUUUGCACUCAAUGGUCGCAUCACAGAGCCACCAGGGAGUGCUGUAGAUUGUUUUACUGAAAAGCAGACACAAUUGAGAACAACUUUUGACACAAAUUUAAAGGAGACAAUUUUUUGUUAAAAAAACUUGUUCCCUCUGCUGUUUUGGUGUAAAGUACUGCGUGAUAAAGGUAGCCCUUACUGUCACAAAUACAGUACAGUGAAGAAGCCUUGCUCAAGGUCCAGCAGUGGGAGCUUUGGAAAAUGCUGGGAUUUGAAAUCAGUACCUUCUGAUCAGUUGACUAAAACCUUAACAGUUGAGCCACCACUGCCUUCGUAAGCUAGUGUUUGAUUUGAGACAUUACACCCUUACAAAAAUUCAGUACUACUUACAGAGUGGGCUGCACGGUGGUGUAAUGGUUAGCGCUGUCGCCUCACAGCAAGAAGGUCCGGGUUCGAGCCCCGUGGCCAGUGAGGGCCUUUCUGUGCAGAGUUUGCAUGUUCUCCCCGUGUCCGCGUGGGUUUCCUCCGGGUGCUCCGGUUUCCCCCACAGUCCAAAGACAUGCAGGUUAGGCUAACUGGUGGCUCUAAAUUGAGUGUGAAUGGUUGUCUGUGUCUAUGUGUCAGCCCUGUGAUGACCUGGCGACUUGUCCAGGGUGUACCCCGCCUUUCACCCGUAGUCAGCUGGGAUAGGCUCCAGCUUGCCUGCGACCCUGUAGAACAGGAUAAAGUGGCUACAGAUAAUGAGAUGAGACUUACAGAGUGUAUGGUGUGGUACUGUUUUUUAAAAAUUUUGUCCUGCAGAAAUAGAAAGUCCCAUCCUACUCUUCCAGAAAGUUUGACCAAUCCCUCCUGGUCCUGCAGUUAUGUUUGCACCUUCCUACUAUAUUUACUAAUGAACUUAGUUGGGUACGUUUCCCAAAAUAUAAAUAAAUUAGUAAUUGAAACCGCUGUACCCCUGCCCGGAUAAAAUAGUUACAGAACAUGAAUGAUUGAAAAUGGUAAAUUCAUUACACAGUGCAGCCCUGCGAUAACCUGGCGACUUGUCCAGGGUGUACCCCGCCUCUCGCCCAUAGUCAGCUGGGAUAGGCUCCAGCUUGCCUGCGACCCUGUAGGACAGGAUAAGCGGCUACAGAUAAUGGAUGGAUGGGUGGCAUUACACAGUGCCACAUGAGCAAUCAACUUGCUCCCAUGCCAAUGGAUGUGGCCUUAAUCUCAUAUGCUUCACAUCCGACAACCCUCUUCUGUCUGUGUGAAAGUAAAAAAAAAAGGCAAACGGUCGCUCCCAUGACUUGUUUGUCGGGUUUCGCAGGAUCCCAGUCCUGACGCACACGUCUUGUAGUAUUGCAUAGUACGCCAUUUGAGACAUAACUCUAGUCUUAAAAAAGCCAAUCAAAUUUUGCACACCAUCCAUGUUCGAAUUUUAAAACAUUCUCAGCGUGACACUCCUGAUCACGUUUGUAUAGCAUCAGGUAGCAGCAUGAGAAAUGAGUUCUGGAAUAAGUUUGACUCAGUAAGCUCACUUUAUCGGUGCUUUAAAGGGUAUUUAGGGCAUGACUGCAACAAGGACGUUUCAAAUCAGUUUUUACAUCCUUAGAUUGGCAGAAAAUAACAAUACCAGUUCUGCUUUACUGCAUCAUACAGUAUAUAUGUAAGUUAUAAAAAGCUUGAAGCUGACUGGUAACUCUUUCAUUCACCAACUGUUGCUCAUAAGCAUCUGUAAACUUGGAAAAUUCUCCAUAAUUGUGUGAAUGCAAUCCCUGAGUGUCGUGUGUGCCUCUAAAUACUGCCACUUGAUGUUGCCCUGACAGAAAUCAAUAUGCCUGUUCUUUUCAGAAGGCCCAUGUGUCAGUAUGCUUUAUAGUCACGCUUAUGGCUGAUAGGGUUCUACUUCAUACUGUAGUAAAACAGGAUAGUUUUCAUAUUCUCUACUUUUUUGAGAAUGAAAAGAUAGAAAGACUCGACAAGAUGAGAUGAACUAUGUAUAAACUUGAAAGCCCAUCAAAUGUUGAUUGAAUUGAUUUGCUAUUGAUGUUUACCUUAUGAUGUCAGUGAUUAACAUUUGGUCACAGAGGCUUUAGAGAAACAGACUGCAUGCCCUUGAUCAUGUAAUUAAGUGAUGCCUGCUUUUGUCAUCAAGAUGUUAUUUUGGAACCCAAAGGGCUACAAGUGUUGAAUUUUGCCUUUGAACACUUCACGAUGUCAAUGCCGUUGUGCAUAUUGUUACCUGGGUGAUGUGUUUAGUGUUGCAGUGUGUUUUAAUGUGCCUGAAUACUUGCAUGCAUCUAUGUGGGCCAGUGAACAUACAGGUGUGGUUUCUAGUUAAUACACCAUUUAGCUGCUUGUGAUAAUAAAUGCAGUACGAGAGUGCAUAAUGCUUACAAGUGUAUUGGAGUCCUACCUUAUACCUACACUCAUUGGCUUUUUUGUUAUCACACUAGUCUGCACCUUGUAGAUAUAUCAUUGACUGAGGUCCAUGCUUUUUUCAGCCUGCCUGCCGCUAUUAUCACUGGAAAGGGACCACAACAGGACCACUAGACUUUCUCAGACUAGACUAAAUACUAUUUGAGUGCUGGAUUUUUCUCAGCAUAACAGGGAUGCUGACAUGUUGGUGGCACUGAUAUGAAUGUAUCAAGGCAGCAGUGUUGCGUUGAGACAGGGCUUGAGUCAGCAAUCACACAUCUACACUUGCAAGUGCAUGCAGCUGAUAAAAUGGCCAAUGAGUGUAGUUACAAGGUAGUUCAAUUCAAUAAUAAACUGGCAAAUACAACCCCGAGUCCAAAAAAGUUGGGACAAAGUACAAAUUGUAAAUAAAAACGGAAUGCAAUGAUGUGGAAGUUUCAAAAUUCCAUAUUUUAUUCAGAAUAGAACAUGGAUGACAUAUCAAAUGUUUAAACUGAGAAAAUGUAUCAUUUAAAGAGAAAAAUUAGGUGAUUUUUAAAUUUCAUGACAACAACAUAUCUCAAAAAAGUUGGGACAAGGCCAUGUUUGCCACUGUGAGACAUCCCCUUUUCUCUUUACAACAGUCUGUAAACGUCUGGGGACUGAGGAGACAAGUUGCUCAAGUUUAGGGAUAGGAAUGUUAACCCAUUCUUGUCUAAUGUAGGAUUCUAGUUGCUCAACUGUCUUAGGUCUUUUUUGUCGUACCGCAUCUUCCGUUUUAUGAUGUGCCAAAUGUUUUCUAUGGAUGAAAGAUCUGGACUGCAGGCUGGCCAGUUCAGUACCCGGACCCUUCUUCUACGCAGCCAUGAUGCUGUAAUUGAUGCAGUAUGUGGUCUGGCAUUGUCAUGUUGGAAAAUGCGAGGUCUUCCCUGAAAGAGACGUCGUCUGGAUGGGAGCAUAUGUUGCUCUAGAACCUGGAUAUACCUUUCAGCAUUGAUGAUGUCUUUCCAGAUGUGUAAGCUGCCCAUGCCACACACACUAAUGCAACCCCAUACCAUCAGAGAUGCAGGCUUCUGAACUGAGCGCUGAUAACAACUUGGGUCGUCCUUCUCCUCUUUAGUCCGAAUGACACGGUGUCCCUGAUUUCCAUCAAGAACUUCAAAUGUUGAUUUGUCUGACCACAGAACAGUUUUCCACUUUGCCACAGUCCAUUUUAAAUGAGCCUUGGCCCAGAGAAGACGUCUGCGCUUCUGGAUCAUGUUUAGAUACGGCUUCUUCUUUGAACUAUAGAGUUUUAGCUGGCAACGGCGGAUGGCACAGUGAAUUGUGUUCACAGAUAAUGUUCUCUGGAAAUAUUCCUGAGCCCAUUUUGUGAUUUCCAAUACAGAAGCAUGCCUGUAUGUGAUGCAGUGCCGUCUAAGGGCCCGAAGAUCAUGGGCACCCAGUAUGGUUUUCCGGCCUUGACCCUUACGCACAGAGAUUCUUCCAGAUUCUCUGAAUCUUUUGAUGAUAUUAUGCACUGUAGAUGAUGAUAUGUUCAAACUCUUUGCAAUUUUACACUGUCGAACUCCUUUCUGAUAUUGCUCCACUAUUUGUCGGCGCAGAAUUAGGGGGAUUGGUGAUCCUCUUCCCAUCUUUACUUCUGAGAGCCGCUGCCACUCCAAGAUGCUCUUUUUAUACCCAGUCAUGUUAAUGUUCUAUUGCCAAUUGACCUAAUGAGUUGCAAUUUGGUCCUCUAGCUGUUCCUUUUUUGUACCUUUAACUUUUCCAGCCUCUUAUUGCCCCUGUCCCAACUUUUUUGAGAUGUGUUGCUGUCAUGAAAUUUCAAAUGAGCCAAUAUUUGGCAUGAAAUUUCAAAAUAUCUCACUUUCGACAUUUGAUAUGUUGUCUGUGUUCUAUUGUGAAUACAAUAUCAGUUUUUGAGAUUUGUAAAUUAUUGCAUUCCGUUUUAAUUACAAUUUGUACUUUGUCCCAACUUUUUUGGAAUCGGGGUUGUAAAUGAUAGAAAGCAUUUCCCUUAAUUAGUUUUGCUUUUAGUUUUGGCGCACGUUCUUUUACAUUUAACAUUCUGGUCAUGCCAUUAAAUUGAAGAUUAUUAUUAUUAUUAUUAUUAUUAUUAUUAUUUGUGAUGGAUAACAUGUUACCUGAUGUUGGCUCAGUUUCCCAAAAGAUUUGUAGCACAAAGAAGUGCAAAAUGAACCAUCACUUUGAACACUCUAUAACAGAGAUUUGCAACUCUGCAGUGCUUUUGGGAAACUGAGCGUUUUUGGUGUACGAAUCAUGUGUUAUGUAGCGUAUCUGCACCAGCAGUGUACAAUAAGUAUGAUGUCACUGAUGGAUGGACUCACAGCCUGAGGAUGUAAUUGACUGUCUCAUGAAGUCUAAUUAAGUGACUGACUGUUGGACCAAUGAUGAUUUCUGUGGCAAGAAUACAGUAUGUGCCAUAAAAUGACUGCAGAAAUAAUCAGUUUACCACGUUUAUUAGUUACUGGGACAAAUUUGUACUAUGUAAUAUUAACAGAGGAAAAUGUGUAUUGUUAUUACAAAAAAACGCACAGUUAAUACUGUAAUUUUUUUUUCUUAAAAUGCCGCUUAUUUAGCCUGUGUGUGAGAAAAGCUACCGUACAUGCUUCAGGACUUUAUUAAAUCCUAAAAGGAAGAUGGACAUGUUACGGGGAAGCAAAAAGCUGGCACCAUGUCAGUGUGGAUACAACAAUAAUGAGGUCAUCACCAGGCACAAACAGCCUGUCAGGAUCUAGCUUAAUGUUUUUAAUGGGAAAACCCCACUACAUAUUACUGACACAACUAAACUGUGAAAUUGAUUUAACAUUUAUUCUGGUUCAGAAAAGAAUCUGAACAGAUUUUAGAAUACUUCUGUUUUAAUAAAUUACAUUAGUAAAUUGAAUUCAAGUUGGGGUUUGUGUUCUAGUCAGGAAUAGACAUACAUCAUAGGAAAGCUUAGCUAGGAAAGGAAAGUGUUUAGUAUCUCACUGAGGUUAGCAAUGUUUUGUGCUCUGGAGCUCAGCAUUAAACUCUGCUCUCUCUCUAACACUCAUAUGCCAUUCUGUAGAGACGCAAGGGGGAGUAAACAUGCCUGGAGUCUGUUUUAAACAGAGCAACAACAAUGAAACUAACAAUGUAUAAAAUGACUAAUGUUGCAUUGUGCAAUUAAAAUAAAUAAACAAGUGUCGUCCUGUUA